AUGAAGGCUAAAUCUCUUCUCUCCAGCCUGGCGCUGGCCACCAGCGUCCGAGCCAUCAAUGUCCUCAUCACAAAUGACGACGGUUUCGGCACGGCCAACAUUCGUGCCAUGUACUAUGCCAUGACGGCGCUCGGGCACAACUGCUACAUUGUCGCAUCGUCCAGCGACCAGUCCGGCCAGGGCAGCCGGCUCAUCUUUGCCAACGACGCCAAGCUGACAGGCGACUCGGAGUUUGGCAUCGUCAAAAGCGGCGCGCCGUCGAUUGGCACCGACCCCCACGACGACCACAUAUGGUACUACAACGGCUCGCCAGCCACGCAGGUGCUGGUGGCGCUCGACUACGUGCUGCCAAAGCACGCCAACUUUUCGGUGCCCGACCUGGUGCUGGCGGGCCCCAACUACGGACCCAACGUCGGCCCAUUUUUGUACGGGAUCUCGGGCACGCUCGGCGCGACACAGACGGCGAUUGCGCGCGGCAUCCCGGCACUGGCGUUUGCAGGCACGUACGGCACGCAAACGGCCUACUACGACAUCCAGCCGUCGACGAAAGCCGGUUUACAAGACCCGGCGACCAUCAUGGGACGUCUUGCCGCCAGCCUUGCGCAGGCGUUCAUCGACAAGGCAAAGCCAUUGGGGUCGUCGUUGGGGUCGUCCAACAGCAGCAGCAGCAGCGGCGGCGGCGGCGGCCGAAUCCUUCCGCACGGCUACGGCGUCAGCAUCAACUUUCCCCUCAUCUCGAGCUUUGACGACGACUCCUGCGUCAACCCGCCCUUUGUCCGCGCCCGCAUGACCGGCGACGGCGCGUUCACGAGCAAGGCCGUCUACAACAGCGACACCGGUCUCUUUGGGUCAGCCAAUUUCGCCGACGACGGCACCAACAUGUGCAUCAACGGCGACUGCAGCCUGCCGGGCAAGGUGGCCGUCCUGAACAGCGGCUGCAAGAGUUCGGUGGCGCUGUUCACCAUUGACUACGACGCUCCGUAUGGUAUGAGCAGCCUGGCCGACCCGUACGCGGCGCUGCUCCCGGAUCUGGUGCAGCUCAACAACGCCACGAAUCUGGUAGGCGGUCUGGGUGCCAACGCAAGCGUCGCAGGCGGGCCGAGUGUGGGCACAACAGGCGGCAGCGGCGGCGCUACAAGCACAAGCUCGGCGGCCAAGUCCAGCAGCAGUCGUCUCACUACAUUGACGCAUGCGUCGUCGCUCUUGACAUUGGUGAGCGGUGCGGCCGUCUUCGCCGCGUGGCUGUGA